AUGGGCGCGCUCGGCGGGAUGCGGCGGAACGUGGAGGUGAAGGCUCGGCUGAGGGCGCGAGCGGAAGCGCUGGCGGCGGCCCUCAGGCUGCGGGGACCGUGCGGGGGACUGCCCCGGGACAGCGCAGGGCACCGGGGAGGGGGCGGGGGACCGUGCCCGGGCUGCCCCGGGACAGGGCAGGAGCCGCCCCAGGUGUGCCCCCGCGGCAGGGCAGGUGCUCCUCCAGACCGACACGUUCUUCCGAGUGCCGCGGGGGCGGCUCAAGCUGCGCAGGACACAGGACGGCCGGGGGGAGCUGAUUUUCUACGAGCGCCCCGACAGCGCCGGCCCCAAACUCUCCCAGUUCAGCAUCACCCCCCACGGCCGACCCCGAGGGGCUGCAGGAGGUGCUGGCACGGUCCCUGGGCUCUGUGUCACCUCUGUGUCCCCCAGGAGGUGCUGCCACAGUCCCUGGGCUCUGGGGGGUCCCUGUGUCACCCCUGUGUCCCCAGGAGGUGCUGGCACAGUCCCUGGGCGUGCUGGGCCACGGUGAGGAAGGAGCGGCUGCUGCUGCUGCUGGGGCAGACCCGGCUGCACCUGGACCGGGUGCAGGGGCUGGGGGACUUCCUGGAGCUGGAGGUGGUGCUGCGGCCGGAGCAGAGCGUGCAGGACGGGCAGCGCGUGGCGCAGGAGCUGCUGCGGGCGCUGGGGGUCCCCGAGCAGGACCUCGUGUGCGGGGCCUACCUGGACCUGCUGCUGGCACAGGGACAGCGGGGGGGACAGCGGGGACAGCCCGCGGGGACAGCAGGGCUGAGGGCACGGCGGUGUGGUGGCUGGGACAGGGACAGGGACAGGGACAGGCUGUGCCUGCCUAAGGGACACCCUGUGCUUUGUCCUGCCCUAUAAACACCCUGUGCCCACCCCAUAAACAACCUGUGCCACCCCACAGACACCCUGCCCCAAAAUAUCCCUACAGAAACCCCCGCCCUGUCCCCCCCAGGGCCACCCUGUCCCCCUCAGGGGCCACCCUGUCCCCCCCAGGGCC